AUGUGUUUGGUGUUUCAGGAAUCAGUGACAUUCCAGGAUGUGGCUGUGGAGUUCACCAGGGAGGAAUGGGAGCACCUGCGCCCUGCUCAAAGAGAACUGUACAGGGACGUGAUGCUGGAGAACUAUAGGAACCUGGUGUCUCUUGAUUCCCAGAGUCAGGAGACAAACUUUAUUGCCAUGGAGUCAACUAGUAAUCUGAGUAUUUCUAUAGAAGAAUCAUUGCAGGAAAGAUGGAGCAGAAAAAUUCCUUGGGAUUACAAGUUAGGAGAAGUCUGGGAAUGUGAUGUCAAAUUAGAGAGGAAGGUGGAACCUUCCAAUCAAGUAACAAUUACCCAAAGAAAUGCCCCUAAAAUGUCUACUGUCCAUGAAUGCAAUACAUUAAAGAAAAGUUUCAGUCUGAACUCAGCCCUUAUUUCACAACAGAGAGGAAAGAACUGCUAUAAAUUCAGUACAAAUGGAAAGAGCAUAAAAUGGCAUUCAAGUCUAUUAAAAAAUAGCAGAAUCUCCUUAGACAAGAAACUUUGUACAUGUUAUAAAUGGGAGAAAGACUUCAUUUACCACUCUGAUUUUACUCAGUAUGACACCACAUCUAAUGGAAAAAACCUUUAUGAAUGCAGUAAAAGUGACAAAACCUUAUUUCAGAGUGAAAACUCUAAUCAGCACCAGAUAACUUAUAAUGGAGAAAAAUCCUGUGAAUAUGAUGAAUGUGAAAAAUUCCUUAGGAAUAGUUGCCACCAGAGAGAGUACAGUAGAGAAAAAUCCCAUAAAUGUAAUGAAUGUGAAAAUUUCUUCAGCUACAAAUCAUCUCUUAUUAAACAUCAAAAAAUUCAUACUAAAUAUAAUUCCUAUGAUUGUGAUGAAUGUGGGAAAUCCUUUACUCAUAGCUCAUCCAUUAGUAAACAUCAAAGAAUUCAUACUGGAGAGAAACCAUAUAAAUGUAGCGAUUGUGGGAAAGCUUUUACUUAUAGCUCAUCUCUAACUCAACAUCAGAGACUUCACUCUGGAGAAAAACCAUAUAAAUGUGAUAAAUGUGGGAAAACCUUUAGCUACAGUGCAUCUCUUACUCAGCAUCAGAGAGUCCACACUGGAGAGAAACCCUAUAAAUGUAGUGAAUGCGGGAAAGCCUUCAGUGACAGUUCACACCUCACUCAACAUCAGAGAAUUCAUACUGGAGAGAAACCCUAUAAAUGUGGUGAAUGUGGGAAGGCCUUCAAUGACAGUUCACACCUUACUCAGCAUCAGAGAAUUCAUACUGGAGAGAAACCAUAUAAAUGUGAUCAAUGUGGGAAAGCCUUCAGCCACAGCUCAUCCCUUACUCAACAUCAGAGAAUUCAUACUGGAGAGAAACCUUAUGAAUGUGUUGAAUGUGGGAAAGCCUUUAGCCAUGGUUCAUCUCUUUUUCAACACCAGCAAAUUCAUACUGGAGAGAAACCUUAUGAAUGUAAUGAAUGUGGGAAGGCCUUUAGUGACAGCUCAUCCUUUACUAAACAUCAAAGAAUACAUACUGGAGAGAAACCUCACAAAUGUAAGGAAUGUGGAAAAUCUUUUAGUCAUAGAUUAUCCCUUAUUUUACACCAGAGAGUUCAUACUGGGGAGAAACCCUAUGAAUGUAGUGAAUGUGGGAAAGCCUUCAGUGACAGCUCCUCUCUUACUCAACAUCAGAGGACACAUACUGGAGAAAGACCUUAUGAGUGUAAUAACUGUGGAAAAGCCUUUAGCCAUAGCUCAUCCUUUGCUAAACAUCAGAGAAUUCACACUGGAGAAAAACCUUAUGAAUGUGAUGAAUGUGGAAAAGCCUUUAGCCAUAACUCAUCCCUUAUUAACCAUCAGAGAAUACAUACUGGAGAGAAACCUUAUGAAUGUGACAAAUGUGGUGAAGCUUUUAGCCAAAGUUCAUCUCUAACUCAACAUCUGAGAAUUCAUACUGGAGAAAAACCCUAUGAAUGUAGUGACUGCGGGAAAGCCUUUAGUAACAGCUCAUCCUUUACUACACAUCAGAGAAUUCAUACUGGAGAGAAACCUUAUAAAUGCAGUGAAUGUGAGAAAGCCUUCAGGUCUCGAGCAUACCUUACCCGACACCAGAAAACCCAUACUGGAGAGAAACCCUAUGAAUGUAAUGAAUGUGGGAAAGCCUUUGGUGAUAGCUCAUCCCUUAGUAAACAUCAAAGAAUUCAUACUGGAGAGAAGCCCUUUAAAUGUAGUGACUGUGGGAAAAGUUUUAAUGAAAACCCCUCCCUUACUCAACAUCGGAGAAUUCAUACUGGAGAGAAGCCAUAUAAAUGUGAUGAAUGUGGAAAAGCCUUUAGCCAUAGCUCAUCUCUUACACAACAUCAGAGAAUUCAUACUGGAGAGAAACCCUAUGAGUGUUGUGAAUGUGGGAAAGCCUUCAGUGAUGGCUCAUCCCUUACUCAACAUCAAAGAAUUCAUACUGGUGAAAAACCCUAUGAAUGUCAUGACUGUGGGAAAGCCUUUAGUCAUAGCUCCUCCCUUAUUAAGCAUCAUAGAAUUCAUGUUGGAGAGAAGCUUUGUAAAUGUAAUGAUUUUGAAAAACAUUUUAAUCAUAGUUUACCUUUCAUCAAACAUCGAUAUUAGGGUUUAGCUAUAAUAUUUUGGUAAUAUGAAAACAUUUUAUGAACCCAAAGAGUGAGGACUACUAGGCCUAUGCAUAACUGUUAAAAUAUAUCCUUAUCUGUAGUUUUGUUUCAGUCUCAAAUUCUCUUCUGACUAUAAUGACUCAGUUUUCUUAUGUAGAAGAUUUGGGCAUUGGGCUGUGUGAUUUGAAAGGCCCCUCCUAGGUCAUAAAUGCUAUGACCCUGCAAUCUUAGUUCCCUACUCAUAUCUUCUGCCUGCCUGCCUUAAUUCUGUCUCCAACAUCCCCAUGACUUCCAACUAUCCAUGUAUUCUCCUUAACCUCAUUGGUUCUCCAUCUCUGUAGCUCUGCCUUGGACCUUGGUUCUUUACUGAAUCAAUAGGCUUUAUUAAAAUAAAUGUUGCCAGCCCCUUCGAAAUUUUGACUGGCUUUCCCCUAAAAUAGAAACUGAUCUCCAUGCUCUCAUUUCUGAAAUCUUCCAUUGCAAUCACAAGUAACCUUAAUUUGACUGAGUGUAUAUGAUGCCUCCUUUUAUGCCUCUUCCCAUUACAGCAGUUGAAUGUUUGUACUUUUCACUGCCUAUGCUAUAUCCUACUCCUUUCCUUUAUGUCUCUGACAAGCCCAGAAGAACUCUGGCAUAGGUUGUGACAGGUUUACACUCACCAAACCUCUGAAUAUGGGAAAUAAAACAAAACACUUUUAACCUUCUUUCUUCCAUUGUAGACUUAUAACACUGCCUUGUGUACAGAAAAUUAAACUUAGGGUUGGAUAAAAUAGUUGACGAAGGAAAAUUCUACCUUCAGACUUGUGCAACAUUCCUGAUUAACGACCCCACUUGUUUCAUGCUUUAAAUUCCUCACCUAGAAGGAACUUGCUAGUUAUUUUCAUCCAACCAUGGCUUAUGGACUUCUCCAUAGGCCACCUGAAAGUGAAAUUCUUUAUCAGUGUUCACACUAUUCACUCAAUGGGCUACCCCAUGUUUUUUUAAAGUUUGAUGUAUCAAUUGGAUCACUUUGAGAACUUUCUCUAGAUAUUUGUGCAUCCUCAGUACAAGUAUGCCAUCAAUUAAUGACCAUGCAAAUUGGCACAAAAGAAAGGAUAAUAUGCAACUAUGCCAACACACUUCAUUUGCUAAAUCAGGAUCUGGAUUUGAAUGAAAAUUCCGUAACUGACUGGUGUCUUCAACUCAACUUUGUCCAUUCUAGUCCUCAUUUACCAACCUCUGUCAAAAGAGGGCUGAUUAAA